CUUCCCAUAACCCUUACAGGCUGGCGUUGACUGAACCUCUCCAUCUCAGAGACACUAACUGGCAUUUCAUAUCUGUUAACCCUGAACAACCAGGUACUUGGACACAGCUUUGCCAGAAGCGUCACAUUUUAGUGUUUUCCUUUGAUCUGAACUCAGCCCUGGUGUCAUCAGAAUGAGCCCCAUCCUUCCGUUGCUUCUGUUGACAGCCGUCCAUCCAGGUCAGAUGUGGAUUGUUCCACAACCCCAAGCAAAUGUGUGGACCACCCUCGCCAGAGUCCUCAACCAAGACCACAUUUGCCUGUCAGCCUCUUCUGUGUCUGACCCGAUGUCCACUUGCCUUGUGGGGAUCCCAUCCAAAUAUGAUGAAUUUCCGCCAACAUUAGCUGCUCCCCUUCCCCCAGUAUAUAAUCCGUUAUCCCCUUGGUCAAAAUUAAUUGAUAGACAAGCAGUAGCAGAAAAAGAACCCCAAGAAUUUGAACUCCUUGGUUCUGCCAAGGCAUUCUAUUGUGUUCAGUUUACGUUUACACCAAAAGAUCAAGUAGAUUUGUACCAUGAAGUCAAACAGUUUAAGGUGAAUUAUACAGCAAAAAUUUGGUGUAAGAAAAUUUCCCAAGUAGGAAUACCUUCUACCCCUGAUAAUAAGCCCCGUGCCCUUCCUAAGGGGUUUUUCCUCAUUUGCGGGGACAGGGCAUGGGCAGGCAUCCCCUCUCGUCUAAUCGGAGGUCCAUGCACCAUUGGAAAGCUGAGCCUGUUUACACCCAACAAAACCCAAAUUAUGGAUUGGCGAACCAAAACCAACACCCGCAAUUCGGCCCGCAAAAAGAGAGAUUUAAGGAAUCUGGACCCAAAUUGCGAUUCUGAAAUUGUACAUUGGUCCAAACCAAAAGGAGUUGCGAUCACCGUGUUUUUGCCAUGGGUGUCUGCAGCUAAAGCUCUAGGCGAGUUAUCACAUCUAGAGUGUUGGGUUGCUAAACAGGCCAAUAUUACAUCAGCUGCACUUUCAGACCUCCUGGCAGACGAUGAAACAACAAGGCAAGCCACCCUACAAAAUCGGGCUGCAAUUGAUUUUCUCCUCUUGCUACAUAAUCAUCGUUGUGAGGAGUUUGAAGGUCUCUGUUGCCUGAAUCUGUCAUCCAAAGCUGAAAAUGUCCACAAAAUCAUCGGGAAGAUGCAACAAAUGGUCCAAGACAUCAAGCAAGAAACAGCAGACUGGAUGGAUGGACUCUUUCAGGGAUGGGGACUCUCGGGCUGGGUCAAAUCCAUUUUGAAAUCUGUAUUUUUAGUUUUGCUUGUUCUUCUUGUUAUUUUGAUCAGUUUUGGGAUCAUCAAGAGCAUUGUGACCAAACUGAUCUCGAAAGCUAUUUCCCCUUUAGAGGUCAAUCAGGUGACUGUUCCCACCUCUUCUGAGGAAGGGACAGAAACCUCUGCAGAAUUUACCAAACAGCCUUGGUUUGCUGAUGCUUGAUAGCACUCCGAGCUGAAAUUUAAUGUUUAGGUGCCUCUUCCUUUUUUAUUUAAACGAAAAGAGGGAGAUGUUGUAGUGCGUUCUUAUAUUUUGUAACACUUUGAAGUAGUUUGUUUUGUAUCCCCAUGUUUUUCCCAAAUGGCUUAUCCCAGA